UGGAAGCAAACAUCAUCAUGCACCGCCCGACUAUACUAUAUAGCGAGCGAGCGGGUCGGUUGCAAAACCUUAUAUAAAUACGUUAUUAGCAUAAAUCGUUCUCGACAGUCUGAAAUGGAACCGCGAACAGGACGGAUCGUUAGCUGGCACCUGGCUGGAUUGAUUCUGCUGAUGAUGAUGGAGGCAGCUUGUGGCAGAGCCCAGUAUGCAUCACCUAAUGGCAAUGAUUAUGCAACGUAUCAGCCCGGAGAAGUGCAGUCUAUAUGGUCUAGUGCCCCGAUUAUAGUCAAUGACAAUGGGGACUUUGGGGCCCAGGAACACCAGGCACGGCAGCCCUUUUCCGGCUUCAAUGAGUACUAUGAUGGAGAAACCUUCAGACGCCCCUAUCCCAACUGGAGGCGAGAGGAACGGGCAGAAUGGCCUACUACCCGGGCCCCCAAUCACAAUUACUACAAUGUGCCAGGGUACUUCUACUACCAACAACCACAGCAGCGGCAACCAUAUCUCCCGGCCAGUUCUGAGCUGGAUUCCAGCGACUCCCGUCGCGAGGAGGAGCAAGUGGUCCAAAUCGGCGGCAGUCGCUCACUGGCCACAAACAACUACCAGAAUGUCUACCCCAACAGCGGUGGUGGUAACUACUUUGAGCCCGCCCAGCCCUGGAGGCCGAGAGGGCGGAGUCGGGAUUAUGAGGCCAAAUAUGCUCAGCAUUUUGCCAACUAUUUGCGUAAGUAUCCGCAGCGACUUCAGCCAGUUUACCAAACAGGAGAGGAUUUCGUUGAGAAGUGAUGGACAUAGCUAUGAACUAAGCUGAAGGAUUAAACUUUUGGCUAAAAUAGUGCCAAGAAAAUAGUAUUUUAUAAGAUUUUUUGUAGUAUUUGUAGUAUUCUAUCUUUAAACAU